AUGGUUAAUACUACAUUAUUAAUUCAAAAAUAUCAUGAAUUACUUAAUUCAAAUAAUGCUACUACUGCUGAUUUAGAAAGAUAUCAUGACUUAUUAAUUAAUAGUUAUUGUUAUGGAAAUAAGAGUGAGGCAUUUAAGGCUUUAUUAAACCACAACAUUCCAACAGAAUUAGAAAUUGUUUUUGCUGAUGCUUAUAAUAUUACAAAAGAAGUAGUUAAAUUUAGAAGUUUUCUUCAACCUGGAAUAAAUUCAGUUAAUUUACUUGAAAGUCUUACUGAAGAUGAUUUACCAUUUAUUAUAACUAACCUUCCUGAUGAUAUACAAAUGAAUUUAUUAUUAGGAAUUGUAGAAAAUAAAUAUAGACAUGAGAGAUUUGCUGAAGCUGUUUUAAAUUUUUGUUCACCUAAUUGUAUUGAAAGAAUUAAUAAAUAUCGAUCUACUAUUGAUAAUAUACCAUUAUUAUCAAAAAUCUAUAAAAAAGUUAGUUUUCUUGGUCAAGCAUCAAAUCAGUCUGAAUUUAAAAUACUUAGAAAAACACUUAGGGGAAAGAAAAAUAUUACUAUUGUUGUAGAAAACCAAAAUGGUUUUAGUCUUGGUUGUUAUAUUAAUAAUCUUCCAACUUUAAUUAAGAAGACUAUGAAAAGUAAUUGUUCUGUUUUAAGUCUGAAAGGAACUUGUGGUAAAAUUGAAGAAAAUACAAUAAAACAAACAGGUAUUAUUACUUUAAAUAAUGGUAAAUUGGAAUUAAAAAAUUGUUUUAAAAUUGAGCCUAAAGAAGACCAUUUAACUUUUACUUAUAAUGGUCAUUUCGAAGACUCCUUCAAUGAUGUUUCAACAUUUGGAUAUUCUCAAUUUGGUUUUGGUUUAGAAGGGGCAGAAGUGCCAUGUAUAGUAAAAUGUUAUUCAACAUAUUAA